AUGAGCGGUGCCUGGCAGGACGGCCGAACCCCAGAGAUUACAGAAUCCCAGAAUCAUCUACUGGGCGGCGCGGCGGGCGGCGCGGCGCGGGCGGCGGCGGCGCUGAGCCUGGGCACGACGGCGCUGGGCUUCGCGGCGCCGCUGCUGCUGAUGGCCGUGUGCUACUGCUGCGUGGGCGCCGCCGUUCGCCGCCACCUGCGCCCCCGCCGCGCCGAGGCGGCGGCGCGGAGGCGGCUGCUGCGGCUGAUCGCCGCGCUGGUGGCCGUCUUCGCCGGCUGCUGGCUGCCCUUCCACCUGCUCAAGAGCCUCUUCGUGCUGGCCGCCGCCGGGCUGCUGGAGCUGCCGUGCGCGCUGCUCGGGCUCAUCUCGCGCCUGCACCCCUACGCUACCUGCCUCGCCUACCUCAACAGCUGCCUCAACCCGCUGCUCUACGCCUUCCUCGACGGGCGCUUCCGCGCCCAGUGCCGCCUGCUGCUGGGGCUGCGCGGGGCGCGCCGCCCGCCCGCCGCCGCCUCCUCCACGCUCAGCGCUCAGACCCAGCGCUCCGAGGUGCCUUCGGGGGGCACCAAGGUGUAGCUGCCGCGGCCCCGCCGCUCCCCAAUAAACGCCCGUUCCGC